AAUAACCAUUGUUCGGCAAUAAUACCUUAUUGCACUAAGGACACCAAAGAUAAACCGAGUCACUAGAUCACCCCAUUCUGGGUCUAAACCAUGGCAGGAAAAGCCAAACAGUCAAGCAAAUCUUUCAUAGGAAUCGGAGGCUUCCUUGGCUUUGCUGUUGUAACAUACGUGUUCUACACGUCGACAAUAAUCGCCGCUCAAGACAUUCUUGCAGCGACCAGCAUCCCGACUUCGUCAAUCGUAACCUGUCUAAUCCUUCCUUACGUAGUGCUUUCAAUGUUCUUCCCCUUUCUUGUGGACAAAACUAGUUUAAUGAUGAAGGCCUGUAUGGCUGGACUUUUCUGGGGGAUUGCAAUAAUUGUCGUUUCUUUGACGAAGAGACCGUCGGUUCGUCUUGUUGGCGUGGUCGUUGCCUCACUAGGAAUGGGAACGGCAGAAAUUGGAUUUCUUUCCGCAACUUCGCUGCACGGAGACCUCACUAUUCACUCAUUCACGUGUGGUACCGGUGUCGGAGCUGUUCUAGGGACAGGUUACUUUACGGUUGUAACUACGGUUUGCUGCCUGAAUCCUAAAACAGCCCUUCUGCUUCUACUGGUACUCGUACCGGUCUACCCCUUGCUGGCGUGGAUGAUCAACAGGAAUGCCAGGAAAAGAGUCAGCGAGGAAGUCGAGUACACACGUAUUGGGGACUCCCCACCAAGCAGUCAGGAUGGUGACCAGGAAAAUGACCAGGAAAUUCACCCGAAGUUAACCUGGACAGAAAAGUUCAAGGCGGCCAAAGACUCGUUGCAUCUCGCGGUACCUCUGACAAUCGGACUUUUCGCGGAUUACCUGAUAAUGCAAGCUGUUGUCACGACGCUCGCAUUCAAGAACACUCGGUUCGAUCCUCGCGACCAUUUCCAGUACUACACGUUCGCGUUUUGGUUUGCUGAGCUGUUCGGACGGUCAUACGGACUCGCGAUUCUGUCGGUGAAACCGAGCUGUUCGGUGGUCACUAAGCACACUUGGAUCCUCUCCUCUAUUUUAAGUUUUAAUCUUAUUUUUCUGAUCCUCGCAAGCUGGUACCGAUUCGUACCUCACAUUGGGAUUAUCAUGCUUUUCGUCAUCGUUACCGGAGCGACAGAAGGCGCGCUUUAUUUAAACACGUUUGCAGUGGCGGGAAAAGAUAUGCAGCCUCGAUAUCGCGAGUUUUCCCGCGCUUUUUUGACAUUCGCGUUGACUCUGGGGAUUGUUAUUGCAGCUCUUAUGGGAUUAUGGGUAGAAAGAGUGUUGCAGGAACACUGUGCUGCGACCGUGGAGGACACUGGGUAUUGUUUCACCAGGUCAUUACACGGUUGGAAUGCCACAUCGUCGUGCUUACUACGAAAAUAUUAGAACAAAAGACUGAGUCACGUCCGGUCCGAGUGUUCGCGAAUCGUUCCCGAACGUCACCUCGUCCCACUUACUAUGGAAAGUUUUUGCCGACUUCCAAAUGAUGCCGACCCGUUUCCGAAUUCCAAAUUGUUCUGUUCAGCGAGUCUCUCCCGAAUGUCACCUAUUUCUCAAAAAAAUAUAUUAAUCGCGUGUAUUGUAUACAUAUUAGAAUUGUAAUUAACUGUAUGUAACCUCUGUAUUGUAAUUUAUUUUGGUAAAAAUUAACUAAAUUUGUUGUUGUC